UUUGUUCCCCAAAAGUUAUUUGAGACGCAUCUUCUCUUUAAACAUCCAUUUGCAUUGAUAUUAAACUUAUUGUAUUGUUACAAAGAAAACAUUUCUAAUUUGAACUUAUGAAACAUGAGUUCUGAAGUAGACGUUGACACUGACUCACUUACCAAAUGGUUGAAGAUUGGCCAUGUUUCUUACAUGACUUUCGUAGGAAGAGAUGUUGUGUCAUUUGGAGCUGGAUGUUUCAUUCUACUUUACAACACUUCCACCCACGAAGAACUCCUAUAUACAGCUAACAGCUUUGAGAAUGGGGAAGGGGUUCAGUGUCUUGUAGGAUAUCAGCAAGCUUAUAUGUUUGCAUUUGCAGAGACUUCUCCUCAACCUAGAAUAUUUCUAAUUAGUUAUCCUUCUUUUGAACACAUUUGCGUCUUAAAAGAUCCAAUGCCGAGCCCACACUGUUACCUGACCAUGGCAUUUGCAGAGAUGGAAUGUCUAGUAUGUAUGACAGGCAUUCCGACUUUUGAAAUCAUUGUUUGGUGCUGGAGAACAGGUGUCAAACUCGCAUCUCUCCCAACUGGAAUCAACUCAUCAAACAUUCAGCUGAGAUGUAGUGUAUCAAUGCCCAUCGGUGUGUGCCUGUUGGCUAAGAUGGAAGACUGUAGUGUGUUUCAACUUUGGCAGAUCAACAUCUGUGCAAAGCUGUGUUUGUUGAGCAAGUCAGAUCUGAGUCGUGGAGGGCUGGACUCUGACACUUGUCUGUCUGCGUUCUGCUGGUCACCUGAGGGUACACUCAUGGUGGCUGACUUCAACGGCAGUCUCUAUCUGGUGAAAGAAGAAACUCAGAACUUCCAGAAAGUAUUCGUUUGGCCAUACCUGUCCCGAGAAGGAUCCUGUAGUUUUCCAACUAACGUCCUGUGGUGGAAAAAUGGAGUCGUAAUGUCUGGUCCCAAUGGAUUCAUCCAGUUCAUCAAGAGAGUUAGCAGUUCAGAGUUCCAGCCGGGCUGGUGUUUGACCAACCAGGGACCAUUGCUGGUUAUGGCUGUCAACCGUUCUAGAGACAUACUUGUGGGCUGGUCUCAAAAUAGCUCACUUGCAAUGGUGAAGGUCAAUGACCAGAAUGUGUCAUUGGAAGAGAUGAAACAUUUUGGUGCCCCAGUGAGACUGGUAACUCUUGUUCAUCCGACAGACAAGUAUUUGGCUACAGUAAAUACUGACAACACUCUAGAUAUUUGUGAUAUAACAACAGGUGCUAAGGUAAGCACACUGGACAUCAACAAGGGGUUUGUACUGGACUUGCAAUGCAACCCAGAGUUACCAUACUUGACUGUGGCUCGGUCUGAUGGAGUUCUACAGAUAGUUGCUGUGAACAAUGAGCAAGUGUUUACCCUCAACGAGCUGCUGCUCUGCUCUGAGGAGAUAACUGGAGUCUCCUUCAACAGGAGUGGCACUCUCAUUGUUGCUGCCUCCUACAAAGUUGGCAGACUGUUUGUUAUCCAGGGUCUAGUUGGCACAGGAAACAAGAUCAAUGUUUUGAACCAUCAGCUAAGCCAUGAACCUAUAAUAAACAUGCAUAUUACAACAAGUUCUAACCCGAGGGGUGGUGAGGAACACAGGUUGUUUGUGCUGACCAAGCAUUACCCAGCCACUGAUGUCGGCUCCCCCAGUGGAGACACUGUAGUGGUGUACUCUCUACCUAGGCUGGCUGUGGAGAACAGAGUAUUGCUCAACACUAGCUACACUAGUCUGGUGUUCAAUGGUCAACUGUUCAUGGCAGCUCCUCAUGUGUCCCGGCAGAUUCACUUCUUCAACCCAAUUGACCUGAUGGAAGAAUCUGAUACUACGGAUGGUUUGAAAGUGGUAGAUAUUUGGGAGAGUGGACACAAAAUUAGAAGGUUUGACAUUGGUCUUGAUAAGAAUCAUGUCUGCACCUAUGGAUGGGACGGACUGAUAUUUAUAAGGUCCUGUCAAGCUGUGGAUGCAAAGACACCGUUUUGUACUCUGGCACCCCACAACCGAUUCAACCGAGGAGUUGCGUUAGCUACUAUGGAUUAUUGUGCCAAACAUGUUGUAUCACUUGGCAAAGAGGGUAACCUGGUUUGCAGUAUAGUUAUAAAAAGUUGUGGACAUAAAACAGAAGAUCACAUGAUUAACACUUCCAAUGAAUCUUACUUCUUACAGAAGCCAACAGCUUUAAUAAAAUCACCCACAAGUAGUCCAUCUCAUCCAAAAACUUGGCUUGAGACUCAAAUUCACCAAAAGCUAAAUUUAGAGGCCAGUGCUGCUGCUCCAGAAAUUGAAAAUAUUUUAUCAUUGUUUAAAGAAGUCCAGAAAGAGGUGGUGCAGUUGUUGGAUGACAACUUGAGGGCCACACCAGAGGAGCAGCUGGAUAUUCUAGAGUUUGACUUGGACACUGAGGUGGUGCAGUUGUUGGAUGACAACUUGAGGGCCACACCAGAGGAGCAGCUGGAUAUUCUAGAGUUUGACUUGGACACUGAGGCCAGGGAGGCGCUGCUUGCUGACGCAGCGGCUGAGAGAGACAAGACUAGGCGGUUACUGGAGGCUGAGUGUAGGGACUGUCAGAGACUUGCUGAGGUCAUCAGGACCAACACUUGGGACACCAUGGCUGUUAAAUCUAGGUGCAUCAAGGCAAUGCUUGGAGACUUCAGUGUUGAAAACUAUGGGCUCCAGCCGCAACCUCCGACUCAGGAAGUGGAUCUCAUCUGGGAGUGUGAGGCAAGAAAACUGUCUCUUGAGAUGUCACAGGGAGACCACUUUGAGCCUUGGUUCCCCUUCCCUGAGUGA